AUGACCAGCGAGAAGACUCAGCCCUCGGAAGAUUCGAAAGAGGUCAAGACGGUAGACGUCAAAACACAGCCUGGGCGGGAGCCCAGCAUCAAAGAUUACAUCCGUGUCUUUACAUACGCGACAAAAUGGGAUCUAGUCGUCUACGUCCUGGCCUCCUUGGCUUCCAUCGGCGCCGGCACAGCGUUACCUUUGAUGAAUAUCAUCUUUGGCCAGCUCGUGGGCCAGUUUACCGACUACUUCCAGGAACCUCCAACCAUCACCAGACACGAGUUUGAAAAGCUCCUCGACAAACAGGCCUUGUAUAUCAUGGCUCUAUUCCUUGGGCGGUUUGGACUCAAUUAUAUCAACAAGUUCUGCUUUCGCAUGAUAGGAAUUCGCCUCUCCUCUGCCGUCCGCCUACACUACCUGGAGUGUUUACUAGGCCAACCUAUUCAAGUCCUUGACUCGAUGCCUUCUGGCGCCGCAGCUAGCACAAUUACGGGCACUGCCAACGUCUUACAGAUUGGCAUCUCGGAGAAGCUUGGCACCUUUAUGGAGUUCAAUGGCACCAUCUGGACUGCCGUAAUUGUCGCCUUCACCUGGAGCUGGAACCUGACCCUCGUCACCGCGUCCGUCAUCAUCUUCCUUUUGCUGGUUCUUGGAACCCUCAUGCCCUUUAUCAUUCGCGGCCACGCUAAGACGACUCGCUCUGAGGCUCAAGCCACUGCAGUGGCCAGCGAGGCCUUGGGCGGCAUUAGAAUGAUAACUGCCUGUGGCGUCGAGGACCGAAUCGCAGCCCGCUUCGCCCGAUGGGUUGAAGACGCAAGAGUCAAAGCUCAAACCACCUCGCCGCUCAUGGGCCUCCAGUUUGGCCUUGUUUUCUUCGGUCUAUUUUCAUCCUUUGGACUCGCGUUCUGGUACGGAACGAAGCGUUUCAUCGCUGGCGACUUUACCAACUCAGGCACCAUCAUCGUGGUUCUCAUGUCUGUCAUGAUGGUUGUCAUCUCACUCGAACGCAUCGCCACGCCCCUGAUUGCCGUGAGCAAAGCCAUGGUUGCCGCUUGCGAAUUCUUCACCGUCAUUGAUGCCCCUAAACCUGAACUGGGAGGCGUCAAGGGGCCUGAAAUCUCUGCUACCAACGACAUCGUCUUCAAGGGUGUCACAUUUGCCUACCCAAGCAGACCGCAUGUCAAGGUAUUGGAUAAUCUCGACCUCACUAUCCAGGCUGGCAAGAACACAGCCAUUGUCGGCCCCUCGGGCUCAGGCAAGAGCACCAUCGUUGGAUUGAUCGAGAGGUGGUAUGCCCUCCAAAGCCAGCAUGCCAUCGCCAAGACCUUGGAAAAGAAUAAGCGAAAGGAACCGGAGCAAGGCGAGGUCGAAAAACCAAAGUUGGGUGACCAAGAGACUGGCCCUGCCGUCGAGCUAUCUGGGUCCAUCACCACAUCCGGUAUUGGCUUAGAGAAGAUUGACCUCAAGUGGUGGCGCUCACAGAUUGGUCUCGUACAGCAAGAGCCAUUCUUAUUCAACGAAUCAAUCUUUAACAACGUGGCUCACGGGUUGGUCGGCUCUCGGUGGGAAAAUGAACCAGAACCGAAAAUGAGGGAACUAGUCAAGAGCGCCUGCCAGGAGGCUUUUGCCGACGAAUUCAUUGACCGUCUCCCCGACGGGUAUGAUACGCAGGUUGGCGAUAGCGGAGUGAAGCUUUCUGGCGGCCAGCGCCAGCGCAUCGCCAUCGCUCGUAGCAUCGUGAGGAAGCCCAAGAUUCUCAUCUUAGAUGAAGCUACGAGCGCUAUCGAUGUUCAUGCGGAGAAGAUUGUGCAAGCCGCUCUCGACCGAGUUGCCAAGGACCGCACUACUAUAACUAUCGCUCAUCGUCUGUCAACCAUCAAGAAGGCUGAUCGAAUCAUUGUUCUUAGAAAGGGGAAGGUGAUAGAAUCCGGGACUCACGAAGACUUGCUCCAGGAUGAAAAUGGCCUGUAUCAUGGCCUUGUGUAUGCCCAGAAGCUCUCUCUCGGCGAGCCGACUGACCCCCAUGUUUCUGAUGAAAAGGACCAAGACCUCGAGACUGAGCAGCACAGCGAUGGAACCGCCGCACAAUUUGAGGUAGACCAGCUGGGUGAAGAUGCCGAAAAGACUAACUUGAACAUCCUCAACAGUUUCGGCAGACUCCUGAAAGAACAGCGCAACAGCUGGCCCUUCUACAUCGGCAUGGUCCUUGCUUCUGCAUGCGCCGGCGCCGGUACUCCAUUACAAGCCUGGCUAUUCGCCAAGAUCAUCACGGUGUUUCUUGCCAAGACUGAAGAGGACAUGAUGGACGAGGCCGAGUUUUGGUCACUCAUGUUUGUUGUGUUGGCCAUCGGCGUGGGAACGAGCUUCUUUACUAAGUGCUACGUUUCCACAUAUCUUCAGCACCGCAUCAGCUCAGUAUACAAACGACAGUACUUCCAGGCUGUGCUCUACCAAAAGAUUGCCUUUUUCGACGACGAGGCCAACUCACAAGGCAGCCUUGUGUCACGUCUCUCUGGCGACCCCAAACAACUGGAGGAACUCCUGGGUCUCAACAUGGCAUUCCUCUUGACAGCCAUUUUCCAACUCGCCGGUUCCCUCGCUAUAGCCUUCUCAUUCGGGUGGAAGCUCGCUCUCAUUGGAAUGUGCGUUACGAUGCCCUUGGGCCUUUUCUCCGGCUAUUGGAGAUUCAAGUACGAGCUUGAGUUUGAAAAGAUGAAUGCUGCUGUCUUUGCCGAAAGUUCUCGGUUUGCUGCUGAAGCUAUUAGUGGCUUCCGGACUGUGUCUUCGCUGAUCUUGGAAGACGCUAUUUGCGCCCGAUAUAGCAGACUUUUGGCAAAUCAUGUUAGCAUGGCCUUUAAAAAGGCUCGCUGGACUAGCUUGAUCUUUGGUUUCGCGGAUAGCGCUUUCUUCAUCUGCUUUAUGGCUGUGACUCAAGGGGCUGAAGCCGCGGGUCAGGGGUUGAGCUUUGGCCCUAAUGCUGCUCAGGCUACAGCUGCGUCGAAUCGCAUCAUUAGCAUGCGUGAUUCGAGGAACACUGAUAGCCACAGCGAGUCGGAAGAUAUUCCGGACGCAGAAGACGGGGUCAAGAUUGAGCUGAGGGACGCGAACUUCAGAUAUCCGACCCGCGGCGUCCCCGUGUUCCAAGGUAUCGACAUUACUGUUGAGAAGGGACAGUUUGCGGCCCUCGUUGGUCCCUCGGGUUGUGGCAAGACGUCCAUCAUCUCCUUGCUAGAGCGCUUCUACGAUCUACAAAAAGGCGACAUCCUAUGCAAUGGCAAGAGCAUUUACGACCUCAACGCCUACAAGUACCGCCGGAAUCUGUCCCUGGUCGCACAGGAGCCAAACUUGUUCCAGGGCUCCAUCCGAGAAAACAUCCUCCUAGGCGUGGACCCCGACUCGGUGACCGAAGAGCGCCUUCAUCAAGUAUGCCGGGAUGCGUCCAUUCACGAUUUUAUUAUCUCUCUUCCGGAUGGUUACAAUACAGACAUUGGCCCCAUGGGCGUGUCCCUCUCUGGCGGCCAGAAGCAGCGUGUUUCUAUCGCGCGUGCAUUAAUCCGAAACCCUAGGAUUCUGCUCCUCGAUGAGGCCACAUCCUCGCUCGACUCCGAGUCAGAGAAGCUAGUUCAAGAGGCCUUUGAGCGUGCCUCCAAGGGUCGUACUAUGGUAGUAGUCGCCCACCGCUUGGCCACUGUACAAAAUGCCGAUGUCAUUUUUGUCUUGGGGCAGGGUGCGGUCUUGGAAAAGGGGACACACCGUCAGUUACUGGAGAAAAGGGGCGUUUACUGGCAGAUGUGUCAGAGCCAAGCCCUUGACAGGUAA